AUGGAGUGCCUCAGCAAAAUCAACCUCAUACAGAAGGUGAAUGCAGAGCUUUACAAGAGUCUAGGAGUGGAGGAUGAUAACUUAGCGGAAUAUUUAAUCUACUUGUGUAAAAAAGCCAAAUCGUUGGAAGAGUUUUGUAAAGAAGUUUUUGAAAAUGGAGGAGAAAUUGAGCAGUCUGUUCUUAAGUACCUGUACGAUAUUAUUAAGAUCCCUGAUGGAGAGUCUGGGGGAAAGGCAUCAGGGGGAAAGGAAAACAGGACAGAUGAUACUGAGGAGGAAGAAGAGGAUGGAGUGGACAAGGAGAAAAGGCUGGAGAUGAAAAUGAUUGAGAAGAAAAACGAAAAGAUGAAAAGGUUCCACUGCUUGACCAUCAAGAAUGAUGAGCAGUUGACGAGGUUGUCCGAGGGGAGCGGCCUGGAGGGGGGUAGCGACACUGCCACAGGGGGGGGGCGCUCUCGGAAGAGGAGUCACCACCGGGAUGGGCACAGCAAUGGUGAUAGGGACGACAGUCAGGAUGGAAGUCAUAUCCAUGGCAAGGACCGGCACGAUCGUAGGUCCCGCUAUGAAGAUAAGUCUCGUCAUGAAGAUAGAUCUCAUCGUGAGGAUAGGUUGCGCCAUCGAGACGGGCAUCGCCAUCGAGAGGAGCAUCACCGUCGAGAUAGAAGUCACAGUCGGGAAGGGGACCACAAAAGAAGGCGGCGAGAAGGGGCAGAAUCAUUUGCGCUGCGUGUGAACAACAUUUUUAGUGGAAAGGUUAGCAAAAUCAUGGAUUUCGGUAUGUUCGUGUCAUUCAGGACCGAGCCGGGGGGGUACAAAGAGGGCCUCGUUCACUGCACAGAUAUAUUACCAAACAGAAAGCGAGUUGUAAACAUGAGUGAAAAAUUUCAAAAGGGAAUGAAGGUCAAGGUAAAGGUUAAGGCAAUCUUUGGAGAAAAAAUAAAUUUAAAUAUGUCAGAAGUCGAUCAGAAAACGGGAAAGGAUCUCGUCAGUGAUUAUGAAGAGGAUAGUCACAGAGGAGAAAAUUCAUACGGAAAAGAAGGACAAAAAAAUGUUAUGUCCAUAUUUGACGACCUGCAUGAAGAUUACAAAGAACUAAAGAAGCAUAACUCUGAUGUGUUCAAAGAAGAUGUGAAGGAUACGAUGAAAUACGAGAGCGUGAUAAAGAUGCAGAGUGAUUACGCCAAGUGGGAAAUACAACAACUGAUUAAAGGUGGUAUUAUGUACGAUGAAGAAAUAAAAAAGGAAUAUAAAAAUUUAAGAAAUGAUGAGAAAAUUGAAGACGAAGAAGAAAUAAUUGAAAUUGAAGUGAAUGAAAAGGAACCAUCCUUUUUGAAAGGACAAACGACUAAGGCAGGGGCGAAGUUGUCACCUAUACAAGUUAUUGUUAAUGCAGAAGGGUCUCUAGCAAGAGCUAUAACUACCACCUGUGCUUUAGCGAAGGAAAGGAAGGAACAAAAACAAAAUGAACAGAACGCCAUUUAUGAUAGCAUCCCUAAGGAUAUUAGUAGACCAUGGGAAGAUCCAAAACCUGAGUUAGGAGAAAGAACUAUAGCAGAGGCAUUGAAAAAUAUAGGGAAAAAUUAUGACCUCCCAGAAUGGAGAAAAAAUUACUUACAUAAUAAUAUAUCCAUCGGGGUUAAAAAUCCUAUGCCUGUAAAUGAACAGAGAGAAAAACUACCAAUUUAUCAUUUGAAAAAAGAUUUAAUGAAAGCCAUCGCUAAGAAUAAUGUGCUAAUAGUUAUUGGAGAAACGGGAAGUGGCAAGACAACACAAAUUCCGCAGUAUUUACAUGAAGCGAAUUAUACAGAUAAGGGCAUUGUUGGAUGUACUCAGCCCAGAAGAGUUGCUGCAAUGUCUAUUGCCAAACGUGUGAGCGAAGAGUUUGGAUGCAUUUUGGGUCAGGAGGUUGGUUAUUCCAUUCGUUUUGAUGACUGCACUUCGAACGAUACCAUUAUAAAAUACCUUACAGAUGGUAUGCUCCUGCGUGAGACCCUCAGCGAUACCAUGCUCUCCAAGUACUCCUUCAUCAUUCUUGAUGAAGCCCAUGAGCGGACCAUUUCAACUGAUAUCCUUUUCUGCCUUUUGAAGGAUGUUGUGAAGAGAAGACCCGACUUCAAACUGAUAGUGACAUCUGCCACUCUGGAUGCGGAGAAAUUUUCCACCUACUUUUUCAAUUCACCCAUUUUUACCAUUCCGGGGAAGAUUUUUCCAGUGGAGAUUCUGCACUCAAAGGAACCCGAAAGCGAUUACGUGGAGGCAUGUCUGAUCACCGUACUGAAUAUCCACCUGAACGAGCACCCGGGGGAUAUCCUGGUUUUCUUAACCGGACAGGAUGAAAUAAACACCGCUUGUGAAAUAUUACAUGAGCGAAUGAAAAAGCUGGAAAGUAUGUCACCCCCCCCGUUGAUAAUUUUACCGAUUUAUUCAUCACUGCCAUCAGAAAUGCAAAGUGUUAUAUUCGACCCUGCCCCACAGGGGUGUAGAAAAUGUGUUUUGGCUACGAAUAUAGCAGAAGCUAGCUUAACUAUAGACGGAAUAUUCUUCGUAAUCGAUCCAGGAUUUUGUAAAAUUAGGAAAUAUGAUUCUAAGAGGGAUAUGGAUUCCUUAGUGGUUGCUCCUAUAUCAAAAGCGAAUGCCAAACAGAGAGCAGGUCGAGCAGGGAGAACAGGCCCCGGAAAAUGUUACCGCCUCUACACGGAAGACGCAUAUAAAAACGAAAUGGCAGAAACAAGCAUUCCAGAAAUACAGAGAAUAAAUCUCGGAAGUACAGUAUUAUUAUUAAAGGCACUAGGAGUGAAUGAUUUCCUUCACUUUGACUUUAUGGAUUCGCCAUCAGUAGAUACACUUAUCCAUUCCUUGGAAAAUCUAUAUUAUUUAGGAGCUUUAGAUGAUAACGGAUACUUAACCAAGUUGGGAAAAAAAAUGUCUAACUUUCCUAUGGAGCCAACUUUAUCAAAAAUAUUAUUAACGUCGAUAAACUUUAAUUGUGCAGAUGAUGUGGUUACCAUCGUGAGUAUGCUGAGUGUACAGAAUAUUUUUUAUAGACCUCAAAAUAAGGCCCUUCUAGCAGAUAAAAAGAAAAAUAAAUUUAUCAUGCCACAGGGAGAUUUAAUUACCUAUCUUAAUAUAUAUAACAGAUGGAGAGAAAAUAACUACUCCAAUUAUUGGUGUCAUGAAAACUUUAUCCAUUCAAGGGCUUUGAGAAGAUCUCAAGAUGUACGGAAGCAAAUUCUCUCUAUAUUUGAGAGGUAUAAUUAUGAAGUAGAAAAAAACAAAAGCAGAAAUGAUUCCGCCAAGUAUGUAAGUAUUUGCAAAAGCAUCUGCUCUGGGUACUUUAGCCAUGUUUGUAAAAGGGAUGCUCAACAAGGGUAUACUACUCUUUUAACAAACCAACAAGUUUUUAUCCACCCUUCUUCCACUCUCUUUAACAAGAACCCACUCUUCGUUGUUUACCAUGAGUUGGUUCUCACAAACAAGGAGUACAUUCGAGACUGUACCAUUAUCCAACCCCAGUGGCUGAUUCAGUUGGCACCCAAUUUGUUCAUCCCUGCGGAUGAAAAGAAAAUCUCCAAAAUUAAGCUCCGCGAAAAAAUCGAACCGCUGCAUAAUUAUUAUGAGGAGCCCAAUGCAUGGCGUCUCUCCAGACGCAAAGGCUAG